UGGAGGGUAGCCAGUGCGCCCUCAGCUUCGGUCCGUGGUGGGUGUUGAACGCUCCGCCUCGCACCCUCAAAUCGUGGGUUGGUCAGGUUGAGCUCGGCGCUUCAUUGCUGCCAGUUACAGUUUUCCUGGGAGUUGGUCCCAUGCUGGGACAAUGGAUCGCCAGUGCUGACCAUGGGGUGUGCUUGAUGCCAGCAAAGAGGGGUUUUUCUUACAUUUGAAUCUUACAAUGAGCGAUGGGAAAUGUAAGGUGUAACACUAAAUAAUGCCAUAAUUAUAUUAUUAAAAGUAUUAGACAAAUUUUAGGGAUGAAUAUUCCCCGGAGUAGCAGAAAUAAAGAUUAUUUCCUCCCUAAGCAAAAGACCGGGUAAGAAAAAAGGAGAACAAUUAGGAAAUAAAAGAACUAAUUAGACACUCCAGUGGGUCAACCCGGUUAGUCCUAAAACCAACUCAAACAUCCAAUUAAAACUUUGUAAAAGUCAAACAGCAUGGACAGUGACUGUGGGUGUUGCAGUGAUCUUGUGAGGCUCUAAAGAGGUGAUAUAGAGUGUUGUUAAGGCUGGAUACAAGGAUGAGUUGUGAGAGAUAGAUAACAGUGUGAUGUAUCCCCGACUAGUAUCGGACGUGUUACGGGCGUCUAUCCUCGUCUAUCUUCUCUUCUUCUGUCAACCAGCAUGGACGGCAGAUGACACUGUGUACGCGUCAGCCAUGGCUAUGGUACAAGAACGAGCUCGACUGCCGUGUGACGUCACCUCUACGCUGGCCAAUGACAGAGUGGUUCUCAUCCUGUGGUACCGAGGAUCAGCUGGGACUCCCAUCUACAGUUUCGACGCCAGAGGAAGCACGAUAGAAAACGGGAAGCACUGGGCGGACGAGCGCCUGUUGGCCCGCCGUGCGUACUUUCAGCUUCUUCCAGGCAGUUCUUGGGGUGGUUCCUCGGCUCCUGGAGCCCACCUAGAGUUGUUCCCCGUCCAGGACCGAGAUGAGGCCACCUACCGGUGCAGAGUCGACUUCCUCUUAUCUCCGACCAAGAACACUAUCGUCAACUUCACCGUCAUUAUACCACCUAGUAAGCCAGAGGUGUUCAACGAGACUGGGCAGGUAGUAACGGGGGAAAAUGGUGCCUCCAUCAUCGGCCCAUACAACGAGGGAUCUCCUCUCGUCCUCACCUGUAAAGUUACUGGAGAUUCCUCAAUGCUCUGA